UUUUAAGUUUAUUUUGCCUUCUAAAUUUAAAAAUGGAUUUGUCAUUAAAUCUUAAUGGUUUUGGAGAUAAACCAUUAAUUCAAAUUGCGGAUUUGAAAGAAGGAGGAAAAUAUUCCAAGGAAGAAGUAGAAGGUCGCAAUAAAUUGGCUACGCUAUACCGUCUUGUAGACUUGUUUCAUUGGUCUCAGGCUAUCUACAAUCAUAUCUCUCUUCGUCUUCCAGGAGAGGGCAAACACGAAAUUUUAAUUAAUCCUUUUGGUCUACUUUAUCGUGAAAUAACUGCUAGUUCCUUAGUGAAGAUUACUACUGAUGGGCGUAUUAACCAAGCUGGUUAUAUUCUCCACACAGCCAUUCAUGAAGCUUUUCCCGAAAUUAAAUGUGUCCUUCAUGUUCAUACUUCUAUUGGCGCGGCUGUUGCUUCGAUGGAAUCUAUGGUUAUUGGCCCAGUAGGCUAUAUUACGUUCACUGGAAUGCUUUCUGUUGAGGAAGAAAAGGCAGAAAUUGCUAAAGAAUUGACCGGCAAAAAAGUCAUUUUCCUUCGAAAUCAUGGUUUUGCAUGUUGCGGUACAACAGUAGAGGAAGCUUUACAUUUAGCCUAUCAUACACUUAAUGCUUGUAAAGCACAAAUUUCAGCUUUGUCUGGCGGUUUAAAAAAUAUUAUUUUGCCGGGUAAAGAAGAGAUAAAUAAAACUUAUGAACUUGCUAAACAUGGAGCAAAUGGAAUGAACCGCGUCGCUGCUGAUAAAAACGGUGACAAAAUGGUGCACACUUUAGAGCGUAUAGGUGAUAUUGAAUGGGGAGUUGGAGAAUUAGAAUGGGAGGCGUGGAUGCGUCAAUUGGAUGGGGCUGGUUACAAAACUGGACAUAAAUACAAAAUACCACAACUUAUGGAAGUUAUAAAUAAAGUUGGAAAAUGA